AUGGAGAUUCAAAUUGCAGGGCUUAUUUUGCUGUUAUUUUUGUGGGGUUUAUGGGUGUGGCGUCACCGUGGAGCGGUGGCCGAUGAGCAGCUACCGCCGGGGCCGCCUCGUUGGCCAGUGGUCGGAAACUUGCUCCAACUUAGUUUUUCCGCUCAUGAAUCCUUCACAAAACUUGCCGCCAAGUACGGCCCAAUCAUGACCCUCCAACUUGGGUCAAUGAAAACGGUAGUUGUUUCCUCAAGCGCGGCGGCGCGUGAGAUGUUCAAAACCCACGAUGCGCCAUUGUCAGGGCGCAUGAUAUACGAGGCAAUGAAAGGGGAGCACGGCACAGAAGGCUCCUUAAUCACCUCCCAAUAUGGGCCCCACUGGCGGAUGCUUCGACGACUCGCAACGUCAGAGUUCUUCGUCACCCGCCAACUUGAAGCCAUGAAACACGUCCGUCGUCGCUGCAUCGAUACCAUGAUCCGCCACAUCGAGGAGGAAAUAGAGGGUGGCGUACACGCGCCGCCUUUGGACGUGGGAAAAUUCAUGUUCAUAAUGAGCUUUAAUUUAAUCGGGAAUUUAAUAUUCUCAAAAGAUUUAUUAGAGGCAAAUUCGAAGAGGGGAAAGGAAUUUUAUUACCAUACGAGAAAGGUGAUGGAGAUGGCCGGAAAGCCGAAUGUGGCGGACUUCUUGCCGGCGUUACGGUGGAUGGAUCCACAGGGGAUUAGAAAGAAGACACAAUUUCACGUGAACAAAGCAUUUGAAAUUGCAGGAGAAUUUAUAAAAGAGAGAUUAUUGUUAAGGGAAAAAGGGAAUAUUAUUAUUAGUGAUGAGAAAAAAGAAGAAAGGAAAAAAGAUUAUUUAGACGUGCUUUUGGAGUUUCGUGGCGAUGGGGUUGUGGAGCCUUCUCAAUUCUCUUCUUGGAUCAUCAACGUUAUCGUCUUCGAGAUGUUUACGGCGGGGACGGACACCACCACCAGUACACAUAGAAUGGCAAUGGCGGAGCUUCUCCACAACCCGGCGGCGCUGCAGAAACUUCAGGCGGAGCUACGAGCCACCAUCCCGCCGAACGCAACCUCGAAGAAAACCCAUCUCCAAAACCUCCCAUAUCUUGACGCUGUCGUCAAAGAAACCCUCCGCCUCCACCCGCCGCUUCCAUUCCUCUUCCCGAGAAUGGCCAUGAAGCACUGCAAAAUCUUCGGCUACCGGAUUCCUGCUGAAACCCAAGUCUUGGUAAACUUUUGGGCUAUCGGUCGUGACCCAAAAAACUGGAAAGACGCUUUGGUUUUCUCGCCAGAGAGAUUCUUGGUUUCCACCGACAGCAAGGAUUUCAAGGGUCAACACUUUGACUUCAUUCCAUUUGGCUCCGGCCGCCGCAUGUGCCCGGCAGUGCCGCUAGCGUCGAGGGUUCUUCCAAUGGCUUUAGGGUCGUUGAUUCUGUCGUUUGAUUGGGCUCUGCCGGAGGGAAUGUCACCGGAGGAGAUGGAUAUGUCAGCGCAAAUGGGGAUUACUCUCCGAAUGAAAGUUCCUCUGAAGGCUGUGCCCACUCGUCACAAACGACGUCGCUUUGAUUGAAAAAUAUGGAUUUGGUAUAUAUUUUUAUUGCAAAAAAAGGUCAGUUAUAUAUAAUAUACUUGUCUACAUAUGGAUACGGGUAAAUAGAAAUCUCACUAGUUCUUUAAAUAUAGUGUAUUUUUAUUUGAUUUAAAAAUUAAAUACAAUAAAAAUACACUACAUUAAAAGCCAGUAAGAGUUUUACCCAACCAAUGUGUAGAUAAAUGUUGUUAUUUGUAAAAUUAUUGUCAUUAAAUAGAUAAUUUGGGCUUCUUGAAAAAGAAGUUAAAAGAACUCAAUUGUAAUUCCACUGUAAAAAUAAGAACGUGC